CUGUCAGCAGAGCGCACUGUGCGCACCAGCGGGACGCGCAGUCAGUGAACAGCGGCUCCCCAUCCUGCAACCACAGAGCGGCCACGGACAGGGGUUUCAGUAUUGAAACAACCUGAACAUCAUUCACCCUAUGGACUUUAGGAAAGACACAAACUCACAAAUGUUGCUGUUUUUUGUACUCCCCUUUUCCGUUUGAAGUUGCCAGACACUUUUGUUGGGACAUGGCUUCAUCCGCGAGCGGCACAGAGGAGGUGCGGGUGUCGGGGCUGACGCCGCUGAAGUUGGUGGGACUGGUGUGCGUCUUCCUAGCGCUUUGCCUGGAUGUCGGGGCCAUCGUGAGCCCGGCGUGGGUCACGGCGGAGGACCAAUACUACCUGUCCAUGUGGGAGUCCUGCUGGAAGCCCGUCAGCUCCGUGGACUGGUCCUGCAGCAGCACGCUGGCCGCCGACUGGCAGAUCGCCACGCUGGCCCUGCUGCUUGGAGGAGCAGCCCUCACCCUGCUGUCCUUCCUCGUGGCUCUGGUCUCCCUGUGCUUCGGCUCCAGGAGUCGCUGCUACAAACCCGUGGCCGUCAUGCUGUUCUCCGCAGUGGUUCUUCAGGUCUGCAGCUUGGUCUUGUUCCCAAUCAAGUUCAUAGAAACAGUCAGCCUCAGGGUGUACCACGAGUUCAACUGGGGCUACGGCCUGGCCUGGGGAUCCACCAUCUUCUCUUUCGGAGGCGCCAUCCUCUACUGCCUGAACCCCAAGAACUAUGAAGAUUACUAUUGAAAAUGUCACAAGGGAGGAAAAAACCCCACAGUGUUUUCAUGCUGUCGUUUAAUAAACGUUCUCUGUCCCCCAGUGCACAACCACAGUUGGAAAACAGGAAAAAACAAAACGCUUGUUGACGGUGUUUGUACUAACCUCUUCUGUUUGAUGCUGUGAACUCCCUAACCUGGACAGAUGCCCAUGAGUUUUAUUAAUAGCCUAAACCACAAACCCAAAGCAGAAAUUCAAACCCAGCCAGAAGACAUUUUGAGAGAUAAUGUCACUAAUCAGAUAAUUAUGUGCAGCUCAUGUGGGUCGUAGAUUUGAGCAGAAAAUAUGGAACAGUGGAAUAAUAAAGUAGUCAGGACAGAGAAAAGUCUGCAGUGAUUUCAGGCCAGCGUAGGGAGGAAGACGUCCUGCUCAAGUUAUAUCCUGGUGAUGACAAAGUGAGGAAGGCAGGGUAACAUUUUACAUUUCCCCAGAGAUGCUCCGAGCUGGACCUUAAACAACCUUUUCUUAAGGGCUAUUUUAACAGAGAAAACAUUCCACAGACACCUACUGAUUAUAUUCUAGUCAGAGAAACAUCUGCUGGGUUAUUAUUAGCACAAAGUGGCAGUGUCAAUUUUCAAAUACAAUAUUGUUUAGAUUUUUUUUAAUAUAUCUGUUGUACUAUAUGUAAUAUAAUCAAAAAGUAUGCAAUCCUAGAAGAAUGGGAAUUAAAAUGGCAAAUUACCAUGCUUGCUGAGUGAAUACAUGUCUGAAUUAGGGGUGUCCAAACAGCGGCUCAUGGGCAAUUUAUGGCCUCUGAAAACAAUUCAAGAAUGACUAAAAUUUGGUCCAGUGGUUCACACUAUGUGCAGAAGUUACACUUUGUAAAAAACAAACAAACAAAACAAGAUUUCCUCUGGUUGUUCUUAAAAUGCACAAUGUUUAGGUGCAACACAAAGUAUUUGGCUUUUGCUAAUCAAUUUUUUGGCUUUAGUGGUAUUUAUAGAAAAUGCCACCACAAACAUCCUGCAAUCUUUUCUUAAGAGCAGGACCAGUAGUCUAAACUUGACUAAACACAGAAAGUAUUUACAGUAGUGAUGCUUAUCCUCUUCUUAUUCCAAAAAGGGUUUAGACCAAAUCAGUAUAAGCCAACCAACCAACAAAAUUUAGGAUGUUGGUCUUUAAAUAAGGCAAAGCCAUGAGGUCCAGUUUAUAUUUCAGUUUUACAACAAAUUACAGAUC